UACUUCAAGUCUGUACAGAUGCAAUUUUGAUUGGAUAUGGAAACAAUAACUUUUGUUUAUCGGUCUCAAAAUUUGCUUGUUUAAUGCUUGAAAUAGCACAUUUACAUGAUAGACUGUUACCAUUAAUAUGUAAAAUUAUGUAUCAGAUUGUUGAAUAUUCAUCUUUACAUUCAGAAAAUUUUGAAUAUAAUAAUUGUAUUUCUGAUCUGAUAUCAAAAAUUCUUCAAUAUAUGGCAUCAGUGCUUCAGCAAAAUGUUGAGGAAAAUAUUAUGGUUUCGACAAUAAUAAAACCUGCAAUCAGUGAGAGUCUUUUUUUCCUCUGUAGAAAACAUAUAUUUAAUGAUGAAUUUGAAAAUAUCAUUGUGGUAGUGAUGUCAGCCAUAUUAGCAGAAAUGACCAUGAUGAUCAAUAAACAUCAAACUUUUGAUGAAUGUGAUAAGAUUAAUGAUCUGCCAAUCUUAAGUUCAACUUUACUUACAGUCUUAGCAUCUGAAAAUAAAUUAAUAAGGAUAUUUAUGUUUAAAUUAGCAGAAUGUGUGAAAAAUGACAGUUUAUCAAAGUCUUCUUCACUGUUAGCUAUUGUACAUCUUAUAAAUACUCUUUAUAAGGAUAGAGCAACAUGUAAACUGAAAGUUGGUGAUAUCCAAGAAAUAAUAAUACCUGUUAGUGUAAUAUUAGAAAAAAUGAAUUCUACAAAUGAAGAUAAUGAGAAUGAUGAUGAUUCUGUAGAUAUUGAUAAAAUUUAUAUAAAGAAUGCCUGGAACUUACUGAGUGAAUUGAAGGCAUCCAUUGAUUAAAGACAUAUUUAUGUAAAUUGAAACUUUUUACAUUUUUAAAAUAAUAAAUGAGUGUCAAUUCUCUU